AUGUCUACCUCACGUGUUGCCGGCUCCAGUUAUUUUUCAGCCUCGAGUGCCUCUUCUUUAUCGCUGACGCUGGGGUUUGAGAAUUUAACGAUACAGCGGGACAAGCGUGUUGUAAUCAACAGUGCCUCCGGGAUCAUAUACGGCGGUCGGCUGACGGCGAUUGUAAACUGCAGUGGCACGCAGAGUGACUCCUUCCUACUUGGCGCACUCACAGGGCGUGAGGAGUGUGCCAGCGGAACGAUCAUGAUGAACGGCAUUCCAUUGGAUGCUCCCGCGUACCUUCACCGCACGGUGCUUAUCGACGAGGGCUUCACUGCAUUGGAGGAGCUAACCGUGCGUGAAAGCAUUGAGUACGCCGCGUCCAUGCGGAUCGCCACGAGUGCCUUUACUGUGCAGGAAAUUCUUGAAGAGUUAAUGCUUGAAAGUGUUGCGGAUGCUGUGGUGCAUAGAUGCUCCCCGUACGUGCGUCGUCGUGUCUCACUGGGUAGAGAGUUGCUGCUGAAUCCGCUGGUGCUUUGCUUUGACCAACUGUUGGAGGGCCUACGAACCCACGAAGCGCAGGAGUUUAUGCGUCUCCUCCGACGAAUUGCAGCUCCCAUGACGGUUUCUUUGGAUUUAAUCACCUCGCGAUCUCCGUUUUUGCUGCCUCCUCGUCCUUCGUCUUCACCCGCUUCCGUUGUAUCUUCCCAAGUCCUGCCCAACAACGCAGGAACUGCCGUUCCGAUGACUGACGGAGCCACCUUGGCACCUCACAGUUUGGCAACAAAUUCUCAGCGAGAGAGGAUGCGCAUUGUGUUGGUCUCCAUGUCUCAGCCACGUUGGGCGAUUUUGAAGUUUGUGGAUGACGUGAUUCUUCUCGAGCGUGAAACCUGUGUGUUUUGUGGGACAGUAACGGAGCUGUUUUCUGCCAUCCGGGUGGACCCGACAGCCGGUCUUGCGGAGAAUGCGAUUAACUCCUUAUACCGGCUUGCGUCCAGCUCGGAAAAGUCACUCGUAGACAUCUUCGCACCUUCAGGCAAUGCGGAGCGUGUGCAUCAGAGCGUCGUGCAAUUUUUUCACAAUUGUGCCGUGGGGCGAGAGAUGCUUGAAGGACCACCGUACUCCAGUCCUGGCGCUCAUGUUCGGUUGUAUUAUAUGUUUAAAUAUGAUCUUCUUAAAGUGCGACACAAUCUUCUCUUAAAGGGUGUUGUAUUCCUUGCGGUUUUUUUGCUGGGAGUGGUGUUAGCGGCGGUGUAUAACAGCCAAGAGGGGCAGAGCGGCAUGCAAAAUCGCAUCGGUAUUAUUUUCUUUCUUGUGAGUUCAACUUUUCUUUACAGUAUUCUCUCAUUAGACUCACAUCGAAGGGAAUACAACCGUUUUUUACGUCAUCGGACGCAUGGAUAUUACGGCGUGUUUACUUACUUGACGUAUGCUGUUUUGUAUUGCAUCAUGGAACGAGUGUUUUUUCUCUCUGUGUUAACAUUUGCCGGAUUUUGUGUUUCCAACGUCGUGGAGAAGUGGAAUUACUACCAAUUCAUCAUGGAGCUUGUACUCAUUAUUGGUGUUUUGUCUUUCUGUAGUCAUUUUGUUGUUUUUUUCUUUUGCACAGUGAUAUGGACACGCCGUUUUGCCAUGUUUGCUCUUUUUGCCGUGUACACGUUGAAUCUGCUUCUUGCGGGGAUUAUUUUGAACCUCACGACAUUACCGAAGACCUUCCAAUUUAUCUCAAACGUUUCUCUUAUACGUCUGGCGUAUGAGUCAUCUAUUCUUUCGCAAUUUCUUGGGCGUGACUUUGGCUGUGGGGAGUCAAAUGAAACGAUGUGUUAUACCGGCCCACAAUAUGCGGCGUUUUUAGGAUUCAAGAAAUCACGUAUGUGGGUGAACGUGUGGAUCCUUGCCGGCAUAUCUGUGCUACUCAUCAUGGGGUCUCUCUGCGCGAUGUUGUGGCACCGUCCGCCGCGUGAUUUUUGUUGA